AUGCAGACUUUCUGCAAGUUCAUUGACAAAUCUGAUGUUUCACUCAGUGAGCAGUUUGCUGCAGAACUCGGAGCAGGAGCUCCCCUGCCUUCACCUCAGGCUGUGAAGUGUCACGCCUUGGACUCCUGGAAGAGCGCCCGGCUUCAUGUGGAUGAGGCGCACUCCACGCUCCUCGCGCUGGAGACGCGCGGUGUCAACAGUCACACCGACGAGAGCGGCGGCUCCGGGCUCUGGGUGAAGACCCCCACCCGCAGCGGUGCUGGUGGGAGCCGGGUUCAGGACUACCCGCUGAAGGAUGUGGAGUGUGGACGGAGGGCGAUGAAUAACAACGCGGUGCGCGUCGGGGACGGUCUCGUGUCCUCAGGCGCGGACCGGAACCACAACGGCGCGCGGCUCAGCCUGCUGGGGAAGCCGCUGACCUACAGCUCUCAGAGCGGCCGCAGGAACGCGCGCUACCGCAAGCUCCAGAAUUACCUCUACAACGUGCUGGAAAGACCCAGAGAGUGGGCUUUUGUCUACCACGCCUUUGUUUUCAUCCUGGUGUUUGGAUGUUUGGUUCUGUCUGUGUUUUCUACCAUUCCCGCUUACCAGGAUGUCUCCUCGUACUGCCUGCUCAUCCUGGAGUUUGUGAUGAUUGUCAUGUUUGGCCUUGAGUACAUCAUAAGGAUAUGGAGCGCUGGCUGCUGCUGUCGAUAUCGAGGUUGGCAGGGACGCCUCCGCUUUGCCAGGAAACCCUUCUGUGUCAUAGACAUCAUCGUGCUUAUCGCCUCGGUUGCUGUGCUUUCAGCCGGUAGCCAGGGUAACGUCUUUGCCACUUCUGCGCUGCGCAGCCUUCGUUUCCUUCAGAUCCUGCGAAUGGUGCGCAUGGACCGGAGGGGAGGAACCUGGAAGCUGCUGGGAUCUGUAGUUUAUGCACAUAGUAAGGAGCUGGUGACUGCUUGGUAUAUUGGGUUCCUGGUGCUCAUUUUCUCCUCUUUCUUGGUCUAUCUGGUGGAGAAAGAAUUCAACAAGGAGUUUGACACGUAUGCUGAUGCUCUGUGGUGGGGCACGAUCACCCUCACAACGAUCGGUUAUGGUGAUAAAACCCCACAGACGUGGACGGGGAGGUUGUUAUCAGCCUGUUUCGCUCUGCUUGGAAUCUCCUUCUUUGCUUUGCCUGCUGGCAUCCUGGGCUCAGGUUUUGCCCUGAAGGUGCAGGAGCAGCAUCGCCAGAAGCACUUUGAAAAGAGAAGGAACCCAGCUGCCAGCUUGAUCCAGUGUGUCUGGCGUAGUUAUGCUGCUGAUGAGAACUCAGUUUCCAUUGCAACCUGGAAGCCUCAUUUAAAGGCGUUGCAUACCUGCAGCCCCGCCAAGAAAGAGCAGGGAGAGACUACAUACAGUAAGGCUCAAAAUAAUGGGAGUCUCUUCAGAAAGUAUUCUUGGAAAUAUAGGAGUCAGAAGUUGAGCUUUAAGGAGCGGGUCCGGAUGGCGAGUCCUCGAGGUCAGAGCAUGAAGAGCAGGCAGACGUCCAUCAACGACCGCCAGCGCUGUUCCCCUGGCAACGAGGUGGUGGGCAGCAGCGAGCUGAUAAGUGGGAGCCCCGCCAAAGUACAGAAGAGCUGGAGCUUCAACGACCGGACCCGGUUUAGGCCAUCGCUGAGGCUGAAGAGUCAAACUCGCACCGCUGCUCCAGAUGUGGACGCAGGCAUGACCACAGACGAUUCCUUUGAUGAGAAAGGCUGCCAUUGUGACGUGACGGUGGAAGAUCUUUCGGCGCCACUAAAGGCUGUCAUCAGAGCCGUCAGGAUUAUGAAAUUCCAUGUGGCUAAGAAGAAGUUCAAGGAGACGUUACGCCCGUAUGAUGUGAAGGACGUCAUCGAGCAGUACUCAGCAGGACACCUAGACAUGCUCUGUCGCAUUAAAAGCCUUCAAACCAGGGUGGAUCAGAUUCUGGGCAAAGGACAGAUUCCUGUGGAUAAGAAGCCGAGAGACAAACUGCACCCAGACGGAGACUCACUGGACAGCAUGAGCAUGCUAGGACGUGUGUGCAAAGUGGAAAGACAGGUGACCUCCAUUGAGUCCAAGUUGGACACUUUGCUAGAUGUUUACCGCCAAGUCCUGAAGAAAGGCCCAUCGGCGCUCGCCCUCUCCUCACUGCCACUUUUUGAGCUGGACAACCACCAGCACCACAACUUGGAAUACCCCAACUCCCCCCAGGGAAGCGAUAUGCUCAGAAGUCGAGGAGACAACAGCAGUGGGAUUCACCGUUCCCACUGCGCCAACCCAAGAGGCCUGCGGCUCAUUUUAGCACCGGCUGAUGACGACGGCCCUCCAGACUCAGCACCGCCAUCCUACCCUCCAUCCACUGCAUCCCUCUCCCCUUCUCCCCUGCUGCCCCCAGAUAGUCCCUACCCAACCUUAGUCACCCCUUCCAAAAAGGCUAAUUUCCCUGAUCUGGCUCCUCCGCCACCCUCAUCAGGGAGCUUUACCCUUCAGCUCCCUCCCAUGAUGCACCCCUCUCACCUCCAAUGCCCAGCUGACCCUGUCUCAGAUGAUAUGACAGAUGGAGUAAGAGGGGAUGAGCAGAGUCUGGGCCCGUCUGUCAUUGUGGGGUGUGGAGUCGAUGAUGAUCUCGAAGGGGACAGUGAGGCGGGCUCUGCGCAGAGAAGGGCGCAACUGCGGAAGAAGCCUGGCCUGAAAUCUGAGGGAGUCUGGAGGAGGCAUUUGAGCCUGGAAGUUAACCCCUUGCUGCUUCUCUCAUCUAGCCCAGAGGGGACGCCUUCAGACUGGGGAGGCAAUCUUGGGAAAUCCCUCUCUGUGCAUAAUCUCAACCAGCCUUUAACCAGUCGUGCGUCUGCUCUUUCCUCUGCAUUCAACAACAGCAGCAGCAGCAACGACAGCGACGGACAUAGAGACCUCAGCAACUGGGACGGAGCAGACCUCUUCAUCAGUGAGUGCAAGCUGAAGCCAGCAGCAGAACACUACAACAUCCUGUCCCAGGGACCCGACAGCAGCCACUCUGACAUUUUACAGGCCGUGGAGGAGGUGGUACCUCACUCAAAGGGGAACUCAGAGUUCCUCGGUCAGUCCUCACACUUACAGCUGGUGUAAGCACACUCACUGACAAACCCACACAACUUGCAGGCUGCAUGUGCACCGCUGCAGCCGACUGCUUUGUCAAAGAUCA